AUCAGCCGUUUGAGAGCUGUGUUUUUUUGCCUGUUGGGGCUACGGGAGAAGAGUUGGAGGGAAGAGCGGCUCCAGGCGGGCGUUGGGCCCUCGAUGCGGCCUCCGCGGGGUGGCCGUCUGUGUGCGCUGGCUCCAGGCCUGCGCCCGGCCUCCCCGCUGUGUGGCUCGUGUCUUCAGCGCGGCUCUUGUGAACAGCGGGGUUUCGCGCCGGGGCCAGUGUUCUUGUGUUCCCUCUUCCCCUGAGAGACUUCCGUCCCCCUCUUUCCCUAGAGCUCCGUACAGCAAACGUUUGGGGCUCGUUUUAAAGGCACAGACUGUUUGAGUGAAACAACGUUUACCUCAGUGCUUACAACCUGAAUACAAAAUCGGUUUGCCACAAGUUCAUCCCUGCUGAAGAAGUGCACUUGGGACCUGACACAAAUGCAUCAGUCAGGAGAAAGAGCCAGCUUCCCUGGUGUCUUCAGAGAAGGCCAGGCUGACAGCUGUGCUCACCCAAUGCAGUGCUAACUGCAGAUUUCAUGGACUGGAAGUGUUUGUUGAUACCUGAUCCCAGUAAACUGGUUCCUGUUCUCUUAAGAGCAUUUCACUGAUUGUAGCUGGCUCUCUGUGCUGAGGGAUAGUAGACUCCUCCCAUCAUGCCCACUGUGGUGGUAAUGGAUGUAUCCCUUUCCAUGACCCGACCUGUGUCUGUCGAGGGCUCUGAGGAAUACCAGAGGAAGCACCUGGCUGCCCAUGGCUUGACCAUGCUAUUUGAACACAUGGCCACAAACUACAAGCUUGAAUUUACAGCACUGGUGGUUUUUUCAUCACUUUGGGAGCUGAUGGUCCCCUUUACAAGAGAUUACAACACCCUACAGGAGGCACUGAGUAACAUGGAUGACUAUGACAAAACCUGCUUGGAGUCUGCAUUAGUUGGUGUUUGCAACAUUGUCCAGCAAGAAUGGGGCGGAGCAAUUCCUUGCCAGGUUGUUCUGGUGACUGAUGGCUGUCUUGGCAUUGGCAGAGGGUCUCUGCGACAUUCCUUAGCUACUCAGAAUCAAAGAAGUGAGAGCAACAGAUUUCCACUCCCCUUUCCUUUCCCGUCUAAGUUAUAUGUCAUGUGCAUGGCUAACUUGGAGGAGCUUCAGAGCACCGAUUCUUUGGAAUGCCUUGAACGACUCAUAGACUUAAAUAAUGGUGAAGGGCAAAUUUUUACUAUUGAUGGGCCCCUGUGUUUGAAAAAUGUACAGUCAAUGUUUGGAAAGCUGAUAGAUCUGGCAUACACGCCUUUCCAUGCUGUUCUCAAGUGUGGCCACCUAACAGCUGAUGUACAAGUCUUCCCCAGGCCAGAACCUUUUGUUAUAGAUGAAGAAAUUGAUCCUAUCCCUAAAGUCAUUAACACAGAUUUGGAAAUAGUGGGCUUUAUUGACAUAGCUGAUAUUUCUAGCCCCCCAGUUUUGUCCAGGCAUUUGGUCUUACCCAUAGCCCUUAACAAAGAAGGCGAUGAGGUGGGUACUGGCAUCACUGAUGACAAUGAAGAUGAAAAUUCAGCCAAUCAGAUUGCUGGCAAAAUACCCAACUUCUGUGUGCUGCUCCACGGUAGCCUGAAAGUGGAAGGAAUGGUGGCAAUUGUUCAACUAGGUCCUGAAUGGCAUGGAAUGCUCUACUCCCAAGCUGACAGCAAGAAGAAAUCAAACCUCAUGAUGUCUCUCUUUGAGCCUGGCCCAGAACCUCUCCCAUGGCUAGGGAAAAUGGCACAGUUGGGUCCCAUUUCAGAUGCUAAGGAAAACCCUUACGGGGAGGACGACAACAAGAGCCCAUUCCCCCUGCAGCCCAGAAACAAACGAAGUUAUGCCCAGAAUGUGACUGUCUGGAUCAAACCCAGCGGCUUGCAGACAGAUGUACAGAAGAUCUUAAGAAAUGCAAGGAAGCUCCCUGAAAAAACACAGACAUUCUACAAGGAGCUGAACAGGUUGCGAAAAGCUGCCUUAGCCUUUGGUUUCCUGGACCUGCUUAAAGGGGUAGCGGACAUGCUGGAGCGGGAGUGCACCCUGCUACCUGACACAGCCCACCCUGAUGCGGCGUUCCAGCUCACACACGCUGCCCAGCAGCUCAAGCUGGCCAGCACUGGCACCUCUGAGUAUGCUGCUUAUGACCACAACAUCACGCCCCUGCACACAGACUUCUCGGGGAGCAGCACUGAAAGGAUGUGAUGCUGGCCUCUGGGGCUUCCCUUCUCUAUUCAUUGUCUAAAAACGAGUUAGGGGUGAAACCUCUUCCAGCUUAUUCAGCUCUGUGUAGCUACCCAAAGACCUAGAGCUGUCUCACAAACAGCCUUGGUGGGUUUGAAUGUUUCUACUGCAGUCUGAGAGAAGGUCUGAAGGGUGGUUGUCUGGGGCUCUGACAUUACUUCUGUGGGGCUCAGCAUUUAGGUCCAGAAACAGCCUUUGCUCCAUGACCAGCAUGGCUUCUGGGCGGCUUGGACAGAUGAGGAGAGAGCUCAGGAAGCCUGACCAACGAGGGUCUUUAAGCAUUCAGAAAGCAACUUUUCUACAGGUUUAAGUCUCAAUUAUAAGGACAUUCUUAAACUCCUGUGCUAGGAAUGAGCAAUCCAGAUGUCUAGAACUUGCCUAAGUACAAACCUGAUACCACUGAGUUUCAGAAUUUUUCUUAGAACUUGUUUAGAUUCAGUGGCAAUGCUCAGGUGAUUGUGUACAAAUUUUUAGACAGAAACCACACUAUGUGUAAAAUCACUCCUGUUCAUGUUUUUAAAUGAAAAUUAAAUAUUUGAUUUUCUAUAAAAAAAAAAAAUAUUUCACUUAGAGACAAUUUGGUUUGG